GACGUUCUGGUGACGUCACCGAUCCGCUCUAUAGCCCAAUGCCUUUCAGGCUUAUUGACUUCCGCCUUCACGCGACUCAAAUCAAGACUUUACCGUUGAGCGACAUCUUUGACGGCCUCCAUUGUUGUCGCAGGGUCUGCGGGAGACACACAAAUAUACACGGGCUAGUGAACGCACCAGCAGCAAAAGAGGAUGCCCCGCAUCAAAUUGAAUGGACCUUCUAUCCUCUCGGUCAAUGUUGGAAAACAUUUAAGACAUCUUUACGUCCAAUUAUCCUUGAAAUGUGGAGGUGAGCCCAUGGAAAAUCCAUCAUCUUCAGAGAGAGGAGCCCCGGAGGAGAGAGAAGGCUCACAGGAGGAUCGUGUCCGCCUGAGAGGGGCCGAGGGCGGAGGGGUGGGUCCUCAUCCCGCAGCUUCGAGGGGGAGCAGCUCGUCUCGUAAAAGCUUCCGGCUGGACUACCGCCUGGAGGAGGAGGUGACAAGUUCUUGUCGAGACAAACAUGGCCGCUUUACUAACCCGUGGUCUACCUGGCGGUUCCCCUCCUACACCAUGCUGUUCCGCUUCUUGGUGCUCGACCAGGACCACAGCAACGUCCCGACUAAUAAAGAGGCCCUUGACAGUGAGCUGCCAGUAUUGGAGCCGUAUUUUGUCUGCAACCCGGACCUCUCUCCAUACGGUCCGGGACUCAGGGUCACUUGGCUUGGGCAUGCCUCGGUUCUGGUGGAAAUGGAUGGGUUGAACAUUCUGACGGAUCCCAUUUUCAGCCAGAGGGCGUCACCGUUCCAGUUUGUGGGUCCAAAACGAUACAGAGGGCCUCCGUGUAGCGUGCAACAGUUGCCCCGGAUUGACGCUGUGGUCAUCAGUCAUUCCCACUACGAUCACCUAGAUGCCGGAACGGUGGCCAGCCUCAACGCGCGCUUCGGGGCAGAGUUACGCUGGUUCGUGCCCUUGGGCUUGAUGGACUGGCUGACCAAGGCGGGCUGCGAGAACGUAAUCGAGCUGGACUGGUGGGAGGAGAACUGCGUCCCAAGUCACGACGACGUUAUCUUCGUGUGCACGCCAGCUCAACACUGGAGCAAACGCACCGCAGUGGACAACAACAAGUCAUUAUGGUCCAGCUGGACUGUUCUAGGUCCAGACCACCGCUUCUUCUUCGCCGGCGAUACUGGCUACUGCUCGGUCUUUAGGGAGAUAGGGCGACGUUUUGGACCUUUUGACCUGGCGGCGAUCCCCAUAGGAGCGUACCUGCCGAGGGAUGUAAUGAAAAGCCAGCACGUUGACCCAAAGGAGGCGGUUCAGAUCCAUAUGGACCUUGGAGCCAAACACUCGCUGGCUAUCCACUGGGGAACUUUUGCUCUGGCUUACGAGCCCUAUUUGGAUCCGCCGCGCCUUCUCCAGGAAUCUCUGAAGGAGAACUCCCUGGAACCGGAAUCUUUCUUCACCUUGAAGCACGGAGAGUCUCGUCUCCUGACAUCGCGCGGCCGAGACGUCUUCAGUUGAUCCCCGACUGGCAUUUAGCAGUAUCGAAAAAUAGCAAAAGCAUCUUUCUGUAUGAAGAAAAUAUAUUGUUGUAGCCUGGAAAUGACUUCCUAUGAAAAGCUCAGCUGGGUUCAGCUUCACAUGAAUGUUCUUGUCGUUCCUGCUUUUUCCACUUUCUCCCAUCUUAGAAUGAACGAGGGUGUGACAUUAAUAUUUACAA